AUGAGAUUAAGAAGUACCACACUCGUCGUCAUGGAACAAAAGAGUCAAGCUAAUAUUGCAGAUACAUAUAAGCAGCUCAACGAAGCAGAGAAGCAAGCAACAAACUUAGAGAAAAUGUUGGAUGAAUUCGAAGCUAAGCUUGAAGCUAUUCUUCAAGAAGCAGAACAUAUCAAUGAUCCACCAGCAGAGGAUGCAGCAAAGGUCAACGGUAAAGGUAACUAA